GCUGCGCCUUGCCGAUCACGCGAGACUCCUCUCCCAGCUUGCUCGACACCCAUUCAGGAAGCAGGACUGAUUAGCUUAGCUUUCAAAGCUAAAAUAAAAAAAUCUAUUUAGUGCAAACAUGGCGUCGGUGAACCCGUUCAAUCAGAGUGAUUCGGAAGAGGAGAGUGAACGACGACCUAACGAGACCAUUGACACGGAGCGUAGCCCGAGUGACGGGGCGCCGGGGCCGCCGCCGGGCAAUCUCUUUUCCCCGCCCGCCGACGCCGAGCCCCCGACUCUGUUGCUCUCCAGCAACCGGACCAGCCCAAACGGCGACGGCAUCUCGUUCUCUUCCGCGGCCACGGCCGCUAUGACCGGCAACGCGGAGACGCGAGUGUCGGUGGAUGUCAUCGCAGCUCAGCUAUUGCGUGAUCAGUAUAUUCUCACGGCCCUGGAGUUUCACACAGAACUACUGGAAGCUGGUAGGGAGCUCCCGAGGUUGAGGGAUUAUUUCUCCAACCCGGGGAAUUUCGAACGACAGAGCGGCACUCCACCUGCCAAAGAUCAAGCAAUUGGACCCGGUGGACCUUUGAAUCGAGCAGGCAGCAUCAGCACCUUGGACUCAUUGGACUUUGCCCGGUACUCAGAUGACGGCAAUCGAGAAUCAGACGAGCGGGUGGCAGUGCUGGAGUUUGAGCUACGGAAAGCAAAGGAGACCAUUCAGGCUCUGCGCGCCAACUUGACUCAGGCAGCAGAGAAUGAAGUGCCUUCUCAGGAGAGAAAGAACUUCAAGUCAAGCCCUGAAAUUCAGGAGCCGAUACGUCCGCUGGAGAAACGAGCCUUAAACUUCCUUGUGAAUGAAUACCUUUUGAAAAAUGAAUAUAAACUCUCAUCCAUCACCUUCUCGGAUGAAAAUGAUGAUCAGGAUUUUGAACUAUGGGAUGAUGUUGGCCUCAACAUUCCGAAGCCUCCUGACCUGUUGCAGCUCUAUAGAAAUUGCGGCUCUUCUCCUUCUUCGAUGAGAGACACGGUCGAUGUAGGAGUCGGAACAGAUUUUGGUGAUCUUACUGGACACUGUGCCACGCAAGAUCCUCCCAGGAAGCCUGACCUCUCACAACAGCAACAGGCAGAGGUCGUCGAAGAGUUGGAGUACCAAAUCAGCCUACUCAGUAAUGAGAAGGAGAGUCUUGCUGAACAGAUAAAGAAACUUCAGAGUGAGAUUCAGACAAUGAAGCAGACGGUCUCUAACCUGCCUCCUGUCACGCUUGACUGUAGCUCCCAGAAUACUUCUAACACCGCAUCAUUUUGCACUGCCAUAACUUCCUCUGCUGACCCGCACUCUGUGUCCCGUCCAGAUAACGGACAGUACCUAGACGUCCGAGGUGUUUCAGAGCUUCAAAGUGAGCCUCCCGCAACACAGAACACGCCGCAGUCUCACAAUAAACUUAAAAGUCAGCCUCCUGUACAUUUCGACCAGCCAAACAGGAAAUUAUCCCCAGCCUUCCAGCAAGCCCUGUUAUCCUUCUGCAGAAUGUGCUCAGACAGCCGCCUGGGAGCAGAGGUUUCUCGUAUAGCAGAUAGCGAGGAGAGUGUGAUGUUAAUGCUGGGCCGCUGCCUCCCUCAUAUCGUCCCGAAUGUCCUCUUAGCUAAAAGAGAGAGAAUGGUUGCACAUCUUUGCCAGGAGCUGAUCCCUCUUAUCUUAUGUACUGCCUGCCUUCACCCCAAGUCCAAAGAAAGAGACGACCUCCUCCACAUCCUUUUUAACUUAAUCAAGAGACCGGAUGAUGAACAAAGGCAAAUGAUCUUGACUGGAUGUGUUGCGUUUGCGAGGCAUGUGGGUCCAAGAAGAGUUGAGGAGGAGCUUCUUCCUCAGUGCUGGGAACAGAUUAACCACAAAUAUCCAGAGAGGAGACUCCUUGUGGCGGAGUCUUGUGGAGCUUUAGCGCCAUACUUUCCUAAGGAAAUUCGAAGUUCGCUAGUUUUGUCCAUGCUGCAGCAGAUGCUCGCUGAGGACAAGGCUGACAUGGUCCGAGAGGCUGUGGUCAAGAGUCUUGGAAUUAUCAUGGCAUACAUAGAUGAUGCUGAUAAAUACUCCCAGGGCUUUGAGCUGAUGCUUCUGGCACUUGGCGACCCCUCAGAAAGGGUAGUCAGUGCUGUCCAUCAGGUCUUUAUCCCUGCAUUUGCUGCUUGGACGACAGAAUUGGGAACUCUUUACACAUCGCUCAUCCCUUCUCUCUUGGCACGCAUAGAAAAGCUCCUGAUGCAGGGGGAGCAUGGGUUGGAUGAGCACAAGCUGCACGUGUUCCUGUCAGCCCUGCAGAGUUUGAUCCCCCCGCUGUUUGCCGUAGUGCUGCAAAAUGCGCCUUUCACAAGCCGAGCCAAACUGCAUGGAGACAUACCUGCAAUAGAGGUGACCCGCUUCCCCAGGCCGGCGUCUCCCCUCCAGGAUGUGGCCACCAUCAUUGGCAGCAGGGAGAUGCUGAGUGCCCUGCUGCUUCUUUACGACCACCAACUAGAGCACGAAGGGACCACCGGCUGGGAAAGCCUGCUUUGGGUGGUCAACCAGCUGCUUCCUCAGCUCAUUGAGAUUGUGGGCCGCAUCAACGUGACCUCCUCCACCUGCGUUCAUGAGUUCUCUCGCUUCUUUUGGAGGUUCUGUCGAACCUUUGGGAAGAUUUUCACUAACACAAAGGUUAAACCUCAAUUUCAAGAGAUUCUUCGUCUCUCCGAAGAGAAUUUUGAUGCUUCUUCGGGGAAUGUCAUUCUUACCAAAGCCACCGUCCCUAUUUAUGCCACCGGGGUACUGACGUGUUAUAACCAGGAGGAUGAUCGCAAGCUGUUAGUGGGUUUUUUAGAGGAUGUUAUGACAACACUCUCUUUGUCCCAUGCGCCUCUCGACAGCCUAAAGGCUUCUUUUAUCGAGCUGGGUGCCAAUCCUGUGUACCAUGAAUUGCUGCUUACUGUUCUGUGGUAUGGGGUGGUACACACCUCGGCGCUGGUCCGAUGUACAUCAGCACGGAUGUUUGAGCUGCUGGUGAAGGGGGUGAAUGAGACGCUGGUCGCUCAGAGAGUGGUGCCGGCUCUCAUCACACUGUCCUCCGACCCUGAAAUCUCUGUGAGGAUAUCCACAAUUCCUGCCUUUGGUACGAUAAUGGAGACAGUGACACAAAAAGAGCUACAAGAGCGUGUCAAGAUGCAGCUGGCUGCCUUCCUAGAGGACCCUCAGUAUCAAGAUCAGCACUCUUUGCACAUGGAGAUAAUCAGGACGUUCGGACGGGUCGGGCCCAAUGCGGAGCCUCGCUUCAGAGACGAGUUCGUACUGCCGCACCUGCACAAGCUGGCGCAUGCUAACAACAGCCAAGCGGUGGACAACAAGCGGAUCGACAUCGCCACCCAGCUGUUCGAGGCCUACAGCGCCCUCUCCUGCUGUUUCAUUUCUGAGGAGGUGAUGGUCAACCACUUCCUGCCAGGCCUCAGGUGUCUCCGGGCAGACAUGGAGCAGCUUUCCCCAGAGCACGAGGUGAUUCUGAGCUCAAUGGUCAAAGAGUGUGAGAUCAAGGUGGAAAACAGAGGAAUUGGAGAUCCCCAAGGCUCCAUUUCUAUCGCAUCCAGUUUGGUGGGUGAGGACGCCAAGACCAAGUUCCUGAGCAAGAUGGGUCAGCUGACCACGUCGGGCGCCAUGCUGGCCAACGUUUUCCAGAGGAAGAAAUGAACAGUGACCAUUCCCACCUGCUGUGCUUCAAGUAGAUGACCAAUCAAAUGUGAUUUACAUUUUAAACAGAUGAGAGGCUAGCGUUGACUUGUUUUUUUCUCAGUCAGUGUUUCUUUGGCAUCUUAAUGUUUGAAAAGGAGUUGGAAGUCCAGUAUUCCAUCGUAAAUUGGACAUUUCAGAACUUGAAGUGAUUCCUGGAACACUAUGAACUAUUUUUUCCAUCAGAGGAAGAAACCGUUGUGCUACCUACUGCUGGUCACCUUUGAUUUUCUAACGGUGGUCAUUUGGGAGCAAACACUUAAUGGACAGCCUAUGAUAUUAAGCAUGUCCUACAAAAUCUUGGCACUGGAGGCUUCAACCCUCAAAGUGAUCAGACUACGAAUGCUUGUGUGUGUGCGCGUGUGCGUAUGUGGUUCUGAAACAUUGCCUACUUGAAGUUGAAAAUAAUCGUCUUGCCUUCGUUUCCAUAAAAGUCCGUCUCUGCUCUUUGUUUUGAUAGCUUCUAUUUUAUAACUUAUUUAUAUCUUACUGAAAACAUCAUUUCCAACUUCCAAAGAAAUUUGCACUUCAUUAUUUUGUUCUUAUGUUAAUGUCUGUAUGUUCUUAUGCACAUUCAAAAUGAUCACUACUGUUGUUUUGUUCUUUUUGGCCACAAUUUAAGUCCAAUAUGUCUUGUCUUGAUUGGUUAGUUUAAAUUUUAAGUUUUUGGGAGGGGAUCCAAGGAAAAAAAAACAGUAAUUAACGAUCAAUACUUUGACCUGAGUGGUUGGCACUUGUGUAUAUUUGGAAUCUGUGUUAUGGUGUAAUAAAAGACUAUUAUGUAUUUACACGUGCACAUGUCAGUUAUGCAUUCAAGUGCAAAGAAAAGGGUUUUAUGGCUCGAAAUGCCGACAGGUGCCGAAAGCACUAAAACUAAAAUCACUUGACGGACAAAUACACCGCUGCGGUCGUAGCCCCGCCUCUCGUAGCGGACACUUUCAUGUGCGCCGGUGUCUUAUUUGCGACUAACCAAAGUCCAUUGAAUGGUGAAUUCCCAACUGUUUACUAAAGGACUAAACCGCAAUAGUAUUGUGUUCCCUAACCUCAAAAGUAACACCUUUGUUUUAUGAUUCAGUGGUUUGAACUAAAUUCAGUCUAUGAUGGUAUAUUACAUUGUC